CCCAUCGUCGGCAAGAGCGAAGCUUCCCUGCAGCGGUCUCGAUGGCCGGAACUUCAUCACCAUUGGUAUUGCCUCCGGACCAUUCGGCCCUGACUCCAUCACCUCGCCGCCACAACGAGAAUCCUCAAAGCUUGGAUCCCACCCCUCUGCCAUCGCAAGAUGAUCCAUGCGAAAUCCCUACUCUUGCGACCGAAUAUCGUGUGGUCGACAGAAGCCCAACUGGCACAAGCACUAAUGAUGGUUUCGAUGAACAUAUUGACAUGUGUGAUGUUGAGGCUGACAAUAGCCAUGGCCAGUCUGAGGGGAUCAAUCCAUCAAUCCAAGCAGCAAUUGAUAGGGCAACCAAAAAUUUCAGAUCCGCUUGCUGGAAAGAAUUUGAACCAAUAAUUGAAGAUGGGGUGGUUGUGCAAGGCAGGUGCAAACAUUGUGAUAUUCUGAUGGCUGCCAAACGUGGUGCAGGCACAAGUUCUCUUCUAACCCACUUGAGAAGAUGUAAGAAACGGAGCAGGGCUCUCAGAAUAGUGCAGGACUUGAGUUCUACAUUGAGGUCUCCUUGUGGCACUAGUUUGAAGGAUUGGAGCUAUGACCCAGAUGUAUCACGGAGUUUGCUUAUGCGGAUGAUAUCAUUACAUGAGAUUCCCUUCCUCUUUACAGAAUAUGAUGGAUUUAGAAGCUUUGUGGCAAGUCUCAACCCAUUGUUCAAAGUGCCAUGCAGAACUACAGUUAGGAAUGGUUGCAUUAAAGCCUUUCAUGAGAAGAAGGUUGCACUCAAAGAAACAUUGAAGAAUGCAGGAUGUAGGUUCUCGUUGACUACGGAUAUGUGGACAAGCAACCAAACACUUGGGUACAUUGUUGUAACUUGUCACUUCAUUGAUAUGGACUGGAGGUUGCAAAAAAGGAUAAUCAAGUUUAUCGAUGUGAAAACACCCCACACUGGAAAUGAGCUUCUGAACAAUAUUCAAAACUGCAUUCAAGAUUGGUCAAUAGAAGAUAAAUUAUUUGCAAUAACACUUGACAAUGCUGCAGCAAAUGGUACAAUGAUGGACUUGUUGAAGCAUAAUCUGGUGGACAAGAAAUUGAUACCAGCAGAAGGGAAGUUGCUUCACCACCGGUGUGCGGGGCAUGUCAUCAAUCUCAUUGUCAAGGAUGGGCUCAAAGUUGUGGAAUCUGUUGUUGAAAACAUUCGUGAAAGUGUAAAGUAUAUUCGUUCUUCACAAUCACGUAAACAAAUGUUCAACGAAAUAAUUGCAGCAGAAGGGAUUACAUGCAAGAAGAAGCCUGGUCUUGACAUUACCACAAGAUGGAACUCAACGCUGUUGAUGCUGAAAACAGCUCUGAAGUACAAAGUUGCUUUUGAGAAGUUAAAAAGUGAGGAUCAAAAGUACACAUAUGCUCCAUCCGAAGAGGAAUGGGAGAAGGCUGAGAUUCUCUGUAGGCUGCUGAAGGUCUUUAAGGAUGCAACAGAUGUCAUAUCUGGUACCAAAUAUCCCACCUCCAAUCUCUAUUUCCAUCUGAUGUGGAAGAUCAAGUUAGCUUUGCAACAAGAGUACUCAGGUAAAAUUGCUGAAAUUGUCACAGUGUUAGAAGCAAUGAGGUCAAAAUUCAACAAAUACUGGAAUAAGUCAUAUAUAGUGCUAUGUGUACCUGUUGUGUUUGAUCCUAGGUUUAAGCUAAAAUUCAUUGACUUCCUUUUCAAGGAAUCAUUUCCAAAGAAAGCCAAGCAAAGAUUUGAAAGGGUUGAGAGUCUAGUCCGUCAGUUGUUUCAAUCAUAUUCUUCUCAAGGAAAGGAGUCCAAUGCAGCUGAACAAGGUGCUGCGCAAAGUGCUGAGCAGGCAGUGCCUUCCAUGAAGAAUGAUCCAUGGGCUGUUUGGGAUCGACAGCUUAGUAGUGAUCUUCAAUCCCAGAUGACCACGGAGCUUGAUAGGUAUUUGGAGGAGAACCCAAUACCACGUUCUCAAGAAUUUGACAUUUUAAAGUGGUGGAUGGGUAAUGCAACCAAGUAUCCAAUUCUAGCCUGCAUAGCAAGGGAUCUGCUAGCCAUCCCAGCUUCUUCUGUAGCUGCGGAAUCUGCUUUUAGCACUAGUGAACGAAUAAUCAGUGACUUCCGUAGCAGCUUGACGCCUGAGGCUGUUGAAGCACUGAUUUGCACCCAGGACUGGUACCGGGCAGAAGGUAAAUCAACAGAGUUUUCUAUGGCGUCCAUCAAUGACUUCAUAAUGGGCGAGAUGGUAACUGAACUGCAAUAAGGGUAGGAGAUUGACAAGGUCACUGCAGGGCAGCGGUUGGAUCUGAACCUUGAAGAGGGACUCCUUAUGGUGUUUAUGGUAUCUUCUUUUCAGAGUACCGGGCCUCGUGUUCUGCAUUCAAGAAACACUGUAUAAAUUGAUAGUUUUAUAUUUAUGAUCCCAUCUGGUUAAAGGUGUUAUGUAUGUUUGUAGCCGAUGAUGCUUCUAUGGUGCACGAAGUGAUUCAAGCUCGUUAGUUCUAAAGCUGGCAGGACAUCCUCAUUUAUUUAGCUUAGUUUCGAGAUGCUCUCUGAUGAAGUUCAGAACUGACCGGGUCAGAAGGAGUUAAACUAGCUCAAAUCUGGAACAUGUGCUUGCUCAGAUUUUGGUAGAAACCUAAAGUUCAAUGCGGGCCUUAUCCUGUGUAGAUGCAUAUUGCGCAAAUCUGUUAUGUAGGUGCCGUGUUUCCUUGCUGCUAUGUCUGUUAUCCAAGUACUUUGUUUUAAAUUUUAUUUGAUUGUUACCCUAUUUCAUUUAUUAGUAAAUAAUGUAUUGCAUGGAUUAGAUCUUGGACAGGAACUCUGUAACUAGCUCCGAUCAUAUUCUGAAUU